ACUAUACAACAUUUUAUAGUGUUUGAAGUUGGGGAGCGGCUCUUCUUAAUUCAGCACCUUUUCGUACUGCCCUAACUGAUCUCACUGAUAUGUUUGUGGCUCAUAGACGCGCUCUUUCGGUAUUCCCUCGGCGAGGCACUGUCACAGUUACCAGAAACGCGAGCACUGCGACCACCUCCGCUACAGAAAGUACUACUAUUAGGGAUAAAUAUAAGGUCGUGGUGGUGGGCGGAGGUUCUGGAGGGUUGAAUGUUGCCAACCAAAUCUAUGAUCGUUUCAAGGCUGCUGGCAAGCAAUUGAACAAGGGUGAUGUCCUGGUGUUAGACGCCGCAGAAUAUCAUUACUAUCAGCCCGGUUGGACACUAGUCGGUGCUGGCCUUCGUCCCAAGACCGAUUUCCGACGACCUCUCGCCUCGCUUGUUCCAGACUAUAUUUCACAUAUCCCAGAGAACGUGGAAUCGUUUUCCCCGGCCACUUCCUCUGUCGUGACCCAGUCUGGACGUUCUGUAACAUACGAAUCCCUCGUGGUUGCUGCCGGACUCGGGAUUAACUGGGACGCUAUUUCAGGACUGACAAAGGCUCUUUCAGACCCGUCGUCUGGAGUUUCAUCCAUCUACUCGUACAAUACAUGUGACAAAACUUGGUCGGACAUUGACGCUCUCAGAUCAGGCAAUGCUCUUUUUACACAGCCUGCCGGGGUUGUAAAAUGUGCAGGUGCCCCUCAAAAAAUCAUGUGGAUGGCAUGGGACAGAUAUCGGAAGACCAACAGAGGAAGCAAUAUUAAAGUGGACUUUUAUUCCGGUAUGCCGAGCAUGUUUGCUGUCAAGAAAUACGCCGAAGCUUUGACCGCGCUACGUAUUGAACGGGGCGUGGGGGCUGAGUUCCAGCACAACUUGGUCUCUGUAGACGCCGGGAAUCGCAAAGCGAAGUUUAAGAAAGCUGACGAAACCACUGUUGAUGUCGACUUCACCCUUUUACACGUGACGCCCCCCAUGGGACCACUUGAUUUCAUCAAGGGUUCUCCUAUUGCUGACGCGGCGGGAUGGGUUCAGGUUGACCAGGCCACACUGAGGCACGUCAAACCAGAAUUUGGAAACAUUUUUGCCCUCGGAGAUUGUUCCUCGCUCCCUACCAGUAAAACAGCAGCAGCCAUAACGUCGCAAGCGCCAGUGUUGACGGAAAAUCUGUUUUCCGUCGUGGACACCGGCAAUGUCGGUAAUGCCAAGUACGAUGGGUACACUAGCUGCCCUUUGUUGACGGGAUAUGGUGAACUAAUGCUGGCCGAGUUCAAAUACGGCCUCGAGCCUAAGGAAAGUUUCGCCAACUAUCUUGGAGAUCAAAAGAUACCCAGGAGAUUAUACUAUCACCUUAAGAAGGAUUUGUUACCAUGGGCUUACUGGAAUCGCAUGGUACACGGAAAGUGGUUCGGACCGUCGGGACUCAUCCGUCCAACGUUCUCGUAAAGCCGUUCAAUGCGGAGUGCUCCACGGAUCCGGUUGUGCCGAGUGGUUGCAGUGAUGCCCAGGAAGAAACAUGUGAGCGAGACUGGCGUCGGUUUGGAUUAAUUACCCAUAGACAUCUUGGCGAACAAUACUAGAAAUAAGUCUCGGAGGGAGCCAUAUGACCAUGUUUCUCUUUACACUUUUAGAACAUUUUUUGUCAAACAAAUUCUUUUGCACUGCA